GCGCCUGCGUGCUGAGUUCCGGAAGCUGAUGCUUCAAGCAACGGGACAGCGCCGCAUCACUCUUCAAAGCCGAACCGGGAGUUGGUACCGUGGUCGACGCCAUGAGUCGCAGCUACAAUGAUGAGUUGCAGUUCUUGGAAAAGAUCCAUAAAAACUGCUGGAGAAUCAAGAAAGGCUUCGUGCCCAACAUGCAGGUCGAAGGAGUUUUCUACGUGAAUGAUGCCCUGGAAAAGUUAAUGUUUGAGGAAUUAAGGAACGCCUGUCGAGGUGGGGGUGUUGGUGGCUUCCUGCCUGCCAUGAAACAGAUCGGCAAUGUGGCAGCCCUGCCUGGGAUUGUUCAUCGAUCUAUCGGACUUCCCGACGUGCACUCGGGCUACGGGUUCGCUAUUGGGAACAUGGCAGCCUUUGACAUGAACGACCCCGAAGCAGUGGUGUCCCCGGGUGGCGUCGGAUUUGACAUCAACUGCGGUGUCCGCUUGCUCAGGACCAAUUUGGACGAGGGUGACGUCCAGCCCGUGAAGGAACAGCUGGCCCAGGCCAUGUUCGACCACAUCCCUGUCGGGGUGGGGUCGAAAGGCGUCAUCCCAAUGAAUGCCAAAGACCUGGAAGAGGCCUUGGAGAUGGGCGUGGACUGGUCGCUGAGAGAAGGCUACGCCUGGGCCGAAGACAAGGAGCACUGCGAGGAGUACGGCAGAAUGCUGCAGGCCGACCCCAACAAGGUCUCCGCGAGGGCCAAGAAGAGAGGCCUUCCUCAGCUGGGGACCCUGGGAGCAGGGAACCACUACGCAGAAAUCCAGGUUGUGGAUGAGAUUUUCAACGAGUACGCUGCUAAGAAGAUGGGCAUCGACCAUAAAGGACAGGUCUGUGUGAUGAUCCACAGCGGAAGCAGAGGCUUGGGCCACCAAGUCGCCACAGACGCCCUGGUUGCCAUGGAAAAGGCCAUGAAGAGAGACAAGAUCAUAGUCAAUGACCGUCAGCUGGCUUGUGCGCGGAUCUCGUCCCCAGAGGGCCAGGACUACCUGAAGGGAAUGGCCGCGGCGGGGAACUACGCCUGGGUCAACCGCUCUUCCAUGACCUUCCUGACCCGCCAGGCUUUUGCCAAGGUCUUCAACACAACCCCCGAUGACUUGGACCUCCACGUCAUCUAUGAUGUUUCUCACAACAUCGCCAAAGUGGAGCAGCAUGUGGUGGACGGGAAGGAGCGGACCCUGCUGGUGCACAGGAAGGGGUCCACCCGCGCUUUCCCUCCGCACCAUCCCCUCAUUGCUGUCGAUUACCAGCUCACCGGACAGCCAGUGCUCAUUGGCGGCACCAUGGGAACCUGCAGUUACGUCCUUACCGGCACUGAGCAGGGCAUGACUGAGACCUUUGGAACGACCUGUCACGGAGCGGGCCGUGCAUUGUCCCGAGCCAAAUCUCGACGUAAUCUGGAUUUCCAGGAUGUCUUAGACAAGUUGGCCGACAUGGGAAUUGCAAUCCGUGUUGCCUCACCCAAACUGGUGAUGGAAGAGGCUCCCGAGUCCUACAAGAACGUGACAGAUGUGGUGAACACCUGCCAUGAUGCUGGAAUCAGCAAGAAGGCCAUCAAACUGAGGCCGAUCGCUGUUAUCAAAGGGUAGAGCCCUGACUGCGGCCACCCGCCUCCAGUGACCCCUACUGCAGUGGCAGUGGGCUGAAGUGCUCUUCAGACGUCAAGACCCAGAGACCUGACGGGUUCCAGACUGGGACCGGAACUGCCAAGGCAUAGGGGCCGACGGGGAGGCUGGGGCCUCGGGAGCCAGGGCUGUGAAAUUACCUCCUGGGGGGAGUCACGGAGCCCCCACUGGGAAAGCGUGCACAUGCUUCCUCCUGGGUUAUCCCACAGGUUUUUAGGGAAAUCUGUUAGCGGGCGGGGAUAGUUCAAGAAACUGCCUUACCUGGUCACACAAACCUGUAGUCAUCAGGACGUACUUCUUUACACCAAGCUCUCUUUACAUCCUGAGGGUGUCACGAAGACCAUUAUAUUAAAUGAGGCUUUAGGACGCUUCCACCCUCCUUUUGUCACUUUCAUCCACCCUGUUCCCCCUUCCCCUCACUGAGCAAAACCCGAAAUGCCAUUCUGCAGUGGAAAGUACCUGCAAGACCACGUCAGGACAUAAGAUGAUUGGGUGAUGGGACACAUUGAGGAGGGUCUAUGUGUGGCAAUGUAGGAAGGGGGACCGAAGAGGAGAAGUAAUUUUUCAUAGACUAGCGCUACCUUCCUCAUUCUGAAUGUAAGGCAGAGUUUUGACUUAACUGGCUAAAUGGCAUCAGCUGCUGUCUGUCAUUACUUAGAACUGGCCUGGCACUUUUCUUGAAUAAUGACUUGCACAGCAGCAGCAGCAGAGAACCCUCCCAUAAUGCCGAGCAUCUUCACGUGGGUGACCGGAUUAUCACGGAAGCAGGGAAUGACCGCAUCUGUGACCUUACAGCAUUGCUCUGUGUUGACAGGUUGACUGGUCUCGUGCCACCCAAUUAGAUUUCAUGUCGGUGUACUGUGACACCUCGAAGAUGUUACAGUCAUAGGUUACUAAGGCCUCUGUUGAGUCCCAAUAGCCAAAUAGAAAAAUCUAAUAAAGUUGCAAUAUGUUGUUUACA